AGUCACUCCCUGGUACCUCCCGGUGCCGCCCCCGGUGCCGCCCCUUCGCCCGGUCACUCCCCGGUCCCUCCCCGGUGCCUCCCGGUGCCGCCCCCGCCCGGUGCCGCCAUGCCGCUGCCGCUGUUGCUGCUGCGGGCGGCGGGCGCUUGGACCCGGAUCCGACCGACCUCCACCCCGGGCCGAAGUUUCAGGUAUGGGGGGGGCCGCCUGGGUCUGGCCAGGCCCCCCCGGCUGCCCCCGGCUGUCCCCGCGCCCCCACCCCUGGCCUCCCGGUGCCUGCUCCUGGCUGGCUCAGCCACGGGCUCUGUGGUGCUGGGGCUGCUGGGCACGGUCGCACGCUGCCAGGAAGCCACUGUCCCUGCUGGCCCCACGGUCCCUCCUGGUGUCCCUGAGCCCGCGGAGCCUCCCCUGGAGCCUCCCUUCGACUGGCAGCUGUUCUGGACCUUCCUGCGCCCGCAGCUCCUGGCGCUCUCUGCCGCUGUCGUGCUGGCGCUGGGCGCGGCCCUGCUCAACGUGCGCAUCCCGGUGCUGCUGGGGCAGCUGGUGAACGUGGUGGCCCGGUGUGCCCACGGACACGUCCCCACGUACCUGCGGGAGGUACGGCGCCCGGCCCUGCGCCUCCUCGCCGUCUACUGCCUGCAGGGGCUGAUGACCUUCGGGUACAUCGCGCUGCUGGCGCGUGUCGGUGAGCGGGUGGCCGGCAACAUGCGCAAGGCGCUCUUCACCACCCUGCUCAGGCAGGACGUGGCCUUCUUCGACGCCACGCGCACAGGGCAGUUGGUGACGCGGCUGACGGCCGACAUCCAGGAGUUCAAGUCCUCCUUCAAGCUGGCCAUCUCCCAGGGCCUGCGCAGUGGCACCCAGACCGCUGGCUGCUUCGUGUCGCUGUACCUGCUCUCGCCCAAGCUCACAGGACUCUUGAUUGUGGCGCUGCCGGUGCUGGUGGGCGCUGGGGCCUUCAUCGGCGCCUUCCUCCGCAGCCUCUCCCGCCAGGCACAGGAGCAGGUUGCCAAGGCCACCGUGGUGGCAGACGAGGCGCUGGGGAACGUGAGGACUGUACGCGCCUUCGCCAUGGAGAAGCAGCAAGCAAGGCUGUUCUGUGCCGAGGUGGACCGCUCUGGCCAGCUGAGCGAGCGGCUGGGGCUCGGCAUCGCCGCCUUCCAGGGGCUCUCCAACCUGGCACUCAAUGGCAUUGUACUGGGAACCAUCUUUGUCGGCGGCUCCCUGAUGGCAGGGGACGAGCUCUCGCCAGGUGACCUCAUGUCUUUCCUGGUGGCCUCGCAGACAGUGCAAAGGUCCUUGGCCAACAUCUCCAUCCUGAUGGGGCAGGUGGUGCGGGGUCUGAGCGCCGGUGCCCGUGUCUUUGAGCUGCUGACACUGGAGCCCCUCGUGCCUCUGCAGGGGGGGGAAACCAUCCCUGCCCACUCCUUGCGCGGCCGCAUCUGCUUCCACCGCGUUUCCUUCAGUUAUCCCACCCGGCCUGGCUACCCGGUCCUGCAGGACUUCAGCCUCACCCUGCCCCCCUGUCAGACCGUGGCCAUAGUAGGACCCUCUGGAGGAGGGAAGUCGACGGUGGCGGCACUGCUGGAGCGGUUCUACGAGCCCACGGCAGGAACCAUCACCCUGGAUGGGCACGACAUUGCCAACCUGGACCCCUCCUGGCUGCGGGGGCAGGUCAUCGGCUUCAUCAGCCAGGAGCCGGUGCUGUUUGCGACAACCAUCAUGGAGAACAUCCGCUUCGGGAAGCCAGAAGCCUCUGACGCCGAGGUGUACGAGGCUGCCCGGCAGGCCAACGCCGACAGCUUCAUCCGCAGCUUCCCCCAGGGCUACGACACCGUUGUGGGUGAGCGCGGUGCGGCACUGUCAGGGGGGCAGAAGCAGCGCAUUGCCAUCGCCCGUGCGCUGCUCAAGGACCCGGCCGUGCUCAUCCUGGACGAGGCCACGAGUGCGCUGGACGCGCAGGCGGAGCGGGCGGUGCAAGAGGCGCUGGACCGGGCAGCCACGGGCCGCACCGUGCUGCUCAUCGCCCACCGCCUCAGCACCAUCCGCGCCGCCAGCCUCAUCGCCGUGCUGGCCCGCGGCCGCGUGGCCGAGGCAGGGACCCACGAGGAGCUGGUGCGACGGGGGGGUCUCUACGCCGAGCUCAUCCGACAGCAGACCAAGCAGGGGUCCUGAGGGAGGGCCCCCCAGCUGCUCCCCAAUGAACAAAGGAGGGGUCUUGAGGGGUUCCCCAGUGAACAAGGGGAGUGUGCUGAGGGGGUCCCCCCACUGUUCCCCAAUAAACAGGGAUGGAAGGCGGA